AUGGCAGCUCCACCAACCUUACCUGGACGGCCGUCGCAGAAAUACCUCACCCUGUUUAAUGCGCUACCCAACGAUGACGCGCGGCGCGGGUACUUGCAAUUCUUAACGCAGUACGAUGGCAGGAUUGAAGGGGCUGGUGUGCUUUCACGGGUAUGGAAUAAGACUACAUCCACGGCGCAACAGGAAUACAUCAACCGCGCCACAUCUAGGGCGAUCAACUAUGCGUCAGAUCGCGGAAUCGAGAGCGGAGGAGAAGAGUCGUCUAGAAACGAUCCCCAAGAAGCGAUCAAUGGAGGUCGUAUACAGGCAGAACCCGGAGCCCCAGAAGAUAAUGUUCUCAACAUAGAAGACCCUUUGCAUGGCGUAGCGACAACUGCUGAGGCUGUCAACCCGGAAGCAUCGAAUGAGACAGAAACGUCUGCUUACGAGCCUAGUGAUACCGAGAUCGCAAUAGCAAGGGUUGGUCUUACCGAAGCAGAUACUGGUAGAGCAGCACCUCCCCAGACAAGGAAAAGAGGGCGCGACGAACCACUUGACAACGCAACGCAAGCAUGGCAAUGGUGCAAGACGCUGAUGGACUCUCAUCUGAGCGAACUUCUCAAAGUUUAUUAUCAGGAAGAGAACUUGGAUAAGCAAAUACCCGAGCAGUUCAUCUGGAUGGUCUUUCAUGCGCUGGCCGAUGCCAUAUGUACCCUGAACACGGGGUUGUGCAGAGAGACGCUCGACGAAGAUAAGACGACGAAAGGAGCAGAUAACGGCUCAGAAGUCGGAAAAGAGGGACAAAAGACAAAGAAAGGAAAGCGAGGUCGAAACAAGCCAAGGAAGAAGUUCACAGACAGCAUGGUGCAUUUGGAUGUCAAGCCAGCGAACAUCUUUCUCAGUACCGCUAAGGAACCCUACCUAGCGUACCCAAAAACUCUUCUUGCUGACUACGAUGUCGUCAAGACGAUCUCACGAAGCACAGAUGCUUCAGAGGGGAGGAAAGAUUGGGGCACGAAAGGAUUCCAAGCCCCAGAGAUUAUCGUAGAGACAGCACAUCAUCAUGCUGUCAAUGCCAAAGCAGAUAUUUGGUCGCUUGGGAUGAUCAUCUGGAAACUGAUGCAUACUACGCUUGGAAGAGAAACGUCGGACCAGAUAUGCGAGGACAGCAUCGAAGCUUCGUUCCAAUUUGCAGAAGGCGAUACGUUCACAUCGACAGACAUCCCAGGUUACGAUGCGAUGUAUUCUAAUACCUUGCACCAACUGGUGGUCGACUGUCUCCAGAUCAAUCCAGAAAAGCGACUAGGAUACGAAACUUUGAGAAAGAAAGCGAAAGCGGAGUUCGAGAGAUCGCAGAGGCGAUUAGGUCCGGUUUUGUCGGGUGAUAAGAUGGGUAGUGAUAUCGCCAGUCAUCUCCGAGUUCUUAGGAAAGAAGAAUUGGGGUAUAGACUAGGGGAUAUGUUUGUGGAGCGUUUGAGCAAGAGGAGAAAAGCUCAAACGCAUGUCGAACAAGAUGCCGAUUUCACUUCCAAUCGCUACCAGAACUUCGAGGAGAUGAAAAAGUCGGUCGAAAGCCUCAUCGAUCAAAUUCGUCCAGACAGCAUUGUUGAUCUCCAACCGUUAUUCUUUCGCUUGACCUUCGACACGACGACAUUCCUGCUUUUUGGCAAAACAUUGAGCUCUUUGCAAAGCAGUGACAUUGCUGGACAAGAGUCUGAGUUUGCUGCAGCCUUUAAUUUGGGACAGGAUUACUUGUCGCAUCGUGGCAGGCUGGGAGACUUGUACUGGCUUGCGAGUACUCCCGAGUUCUGGCAAGCUUGCAAGACUUCUCACCGCUUCGUUGACGACGCGAUUCAGAGAGCACUGGAUAAUGCGGUGACUACGGAACCCGAGAAAGUAGAAGCCGAGGACAGGAAGCAUUAUGUGUUUAUCGACGCGCUCAUCCAAGAGACUCGGAACAAGAAGGAACUUCGCGACCAGUGUCUCAAUGUUUUACUGGCGGGCAGAGACACAACAGCAUGCUGCCUCACCUGGACCUUGCGCUUGCUGGUCCGUCACCCUAAAGUUUUGGAAAGGUUACGUUCGGAAAUAGAGGCAGUAGUAGGCCUCGGACAGCAUGCGCCUCAGCCAAGUCGGGUGGAUUUGAAGAAGAUGAGGUAUCUUGAUCUCAUUCUGAAGGAGGUACUUCGCCUCUACCCAUCCGUGCCGGUCAACUCUCGUGCAGCAUUGAAGACGACGACACUUCCUGUUGGAGGAGGCCCAGAUGGAAAGUCACCGAUAUUGGUCAGGAAAGGCGAGGCUGUCGGUUACUGCGUAUACGCUAUGCAUCGACGUACAGACAUCUACGGCGAAGAUGCACUCGAGUUCCGCCCUGAGAGGUGGGAGGAUGGAUCACUGUUGCGAGAUGUGGGGUACGGGUAUCUUCCCUUCAAUGGCGGGCCACGAGUUUGCCUGGGUCAAGAGUUUGCCCUGCUGGAGGCGGGAUAUACCGUAGCGAGGUUGGUACAAAUUUUCCCUUCCAUGACUGUUCCGAAGGAUGACCCUGUUGUCCCUACUGGCCGGGAAAAGCAGACCUUGACGUUGGUAGUUGCUUCGGGAGAUGGAUGCCGUGUACACAUGCGCUCAUAG